CUGGGAGGAGCCUGUCUUGUGUCCAGGCUUGUGGGUAGCAGGCUCCAGGCAGCAGCCAUGAGGUCCCUGCAACAGCAGCUCUGUGCCUUCGUGUGGGCCAGAGCCCAGGGACCUGGCGCGGUCCGGGCCAAGGCCACAGUGGGUGCCACAGUGCCUGGGAGGCUGAAGUCCCUGGAGGAGCUGCCUGGACCCAGUGUCCUGAGGUGCCUGUACUGGUACCUGCUGCGGGGGUACCUGCUGCACAUGCAUGAUUUGCAGGGGAUCUUCAAGCAGCGCUACGGCAGCCUGUGGAAGCAGCACAUGGGCCCCUACAUGACCGUGAACGUGGCCUGCCCCGAGCUGCUGGAGCACGUCUUGCGGCAGGAGGGGCGCUUCCCCACCCGCUGCGACAUGGCGCUGUGGAAGGAGCACCGGGACCUGCGGGGCCAGGCCUACGGCCCGCUCACCGAGGAUGGGGAGCGCUGGCACCGGCUGCGCCAGGGGCUGGACCGGCGGGAUCGGGA